CCCAGGGGACGUGGAGCUGAGGACGGAGCAUCGCGCAGCAGCUGCUGUUGGGGGGUGUUUCUGCUUGACGUUGGGACCAGGCGCCGGAGACUGAACAAGAUGACCACACCCAGCGCCCCACCCACCUACGAGGAGGCAAUCGACCCCUUAUACCCUCCCCCACAUGGGGCAGGACACCCCAUGUCGGGACCCUACCCUCCAGGACAUGGUCCCGCCUACCCUCCUGGGGAGACCCCCCCUUACCCUCCUGUGGGGAACACUGGCUACCCGUCAAUGUUCCCCCAGCCGGGGCCUCCCAUGGGUCCCCCCAUGAUGCCGACUCUGCCCCUGAACCCCACCUGGCCUGGAGGCAGUUCAGGGCCCUAUGGGAGCUCCACCCCCAACCCAGAGGCGGGUAACGAGGGCUUCACGGCCAGCUCCUGGGAUGACCACAAGGUCCGGCACGCGUUCAUCCGCAAGGUGUACAUGAUCCUCACAGCCCAGCUGUUUGUGACCUUCGGGAUUGUGGCCAUAUUCACGUUCAGUGAACCUGUCCAGCGCUUCGUUCGGACAAACUCAGCGGUUUACUGGGCAGCCUAUGCCGUGUUCUUCGUGGUCUACAUUUUCCUGGCCUGCUGUGAGGGGCCCAGGAGGAAGUUUCCCUGGAACGUGAUCCUUCUGGCUGUUUUUACGUUGGCCAUGUCGUACAUGACUGGGACAAUUGCCAGCUACUACAGCACCAAGUCUGUGUUCCUCUGCCUUGGAAUCACCGCCCUUGUGUGUCUUGGGGUCACCAUCUUCUGCUUCCAAACAAAGGUGGAUUUCACAUCGUGCGGGGGCCUGUUCUGUGCCCUGGGAAUUGGCCUUGUCUCUGGGAUUGUGGUCACCAUCGUUCUCUCCUUCAAAUAUAUUCCGUGGCUCCACAUGGUCUACUCUGCGAUUGCAGCCAUCGUCUUUACCCUGUUCUUGGCAUUUGACACCCAGCUGAUCCUGGGGAACAGGCGGCACUCGAAGCCAGAGGAGUACGUGUACGGUGCACUUCGACUCUACACUGACAUUGUGCAGAUCUUCAUCUACCUCCUGCAGCUCUUCGGCUCCAGAUAAUGGCGGAGGGGAGGGGAGGGGGAGGGCUGCCAUCCAUCCGUCUCUCCUGGAAACUCUUCACCUCUCCUUGUGUAAAAUAAUCCUCUGCUUCUUGGGGUUAGGUUAAGCUAUCGGACUUGUCGCUGCAGCUCUUGGUGUUGUGGGAAAGGUGUUCCACCCCUCUCCCACCCACCCUCCAACACUGUAAAUAGGAGAAAGUACUGGAAACAACUCAGCAGGUCGGGCAGCUUCUCCACAGAAAGAAACACAGAGUUAACAUUUCAGUUCAGUGAGUUUCACUCCGCCACCAGCAUCUCCCAUCCUUCCUUGCCAACUCAAUGCUGGUCCUGCACUCGUUCAGAACUGUUGAGUGUCUCACCUGAACUUUAACUGUUUUCCUUCUCCACAGACGCUGCCUUGCCUUCUGAGUAUUUCCGGCAUUUUCUGUUUUUAAUCUCUGAUUUCCAGCAUUCACAGAAUUUUGUAACAUGAGGGACGGUUUGACCCUGACUGUCUCGUUGUUACAUGCCUGUUCUCCUCCCGCGGUCUCUCCGGCUGCCGCUGGGACAACCAUUGGGGGGGGGGAGAGCAUCACAGUCACAGAAAGCGUCAUCUAUCACCUCUCCAGACCCCCGCGUGUGCGGCAAGUCCCAGGCACGGCCUUCGUUCUGGUGACAGGAGGUGCAGUGAACGGAGGAGGUGGAUUGAAGGUGAUCAGGAAAAGGAGCAGAGUGAAGAGGAGGGGAAGGUUCCACCCUGUGAGUUGCUGUGAUCUGGGACUAACUGCCCGAGAGGCCGAUGGGGGCCAGAUUCAGUGGGAAUGGUUAGAAGUUUGGUGAAAUUUUCAGGGCUGUGGAAGAGAGAA